AAACAAGGUUUAUUUGCUACUAUCUACUUUAAAGAGGAGAUUUUGAAAAUUAAAUUAGACAAUCUACGUGAAAUGCUUUUCAUUUCACAGAUAUGCAAUACACGUUGGGUCAUUCCUCUCUUUCUAUGCUGUCUCCCACUUGUCCCCACCAUGAAUCAUCUGAUCCAGGGUUGACUGGCACCCACCCCUUUCUUUGAGAAAUGACACACUGAGUUUGCCCUUUGCGUAUGUUCUGUCUACCCAUCCCAGGCUUCAUGUCUUUGCCUUAGUCACUCUCUGGAUGCCCAGUAUCCAGAUCUUCUGCUUGUGUUUUGUUAAUUCUUUCUAGAUAGGAGCCAUAGUGAAAUUUCCUUUUCCCAGCCUCUCACUUUUGCCUGCACAUGACCUUUUGCUGAUUUACGUUGCUUUUGCUGUUUUACUUUAUCCAGUCUUCUAAAUGACACACUUGAAUUAGGCAGAUUCUUUAUGUUUGUUGUUUUGUUCGCUUGCGACUCCCUAGUGCCCGUUUGAUGCCAGGCAUGUAGCUGACUCUCAGCAGAGAGCUGCCGGACAAAUUGCCUGCCUGCAACUUUGCAGCCUGCAGCGUGCUCGGUGGAAAGAUGGGCGUGGCGUUGAGUCUGUGCUGGACACAGUCCUGUAUGCAGGGACACCCUUUCCAUCCUUUUUUCCAAACCCCAAGAGGUGUGUGGUGUGUGGACUGAACAAGAAAAUUCCUUCUUGCCUCCUUCCUGUCGCGGUGCCCCAGCUUUGCUUCCUGUCCUGAUGCCAGCCUCGGGAAGAGGAGAGCUGUUCUCUUUGCUCUGUUGGAAGGUGUGAUGAGCAUUUUAUGGAACAUUCCUUUUUUUUUUUUUUUUUUCCUCACUUGUCAGCUGUGCCUCUCUCAAAGUGGACCUUUCCUAUUAAAAUUGGACACCCGCUAGUCAUAUAUUCCUAAGCUCUUCCUGUGUGUGUUAAAUUAGAUAUGGUGACAUUUCUGGGGACACCCUGCAGUUUGUGUACCAUUUAAUAGAUAUGUAAAUAGCUGUUCUGUGUCGGGAGUUGUUUUAAAUGUUGGAGAAAGAAAGAUAAAUAGCAUGUGGGCCCCGCUUUAUAGUUGCUUGCAGUUCAGUUAAGGAGAAAAUAUAUAAACAAUUAAGAAUAUACACGUAAAAGGGAUUUGGUUACUUUUACUUAAAAGUUUUCAAAGGGAAUGUACAGUUUGAACCUUAUUUUAAUUGUUUAACAUGACUGUGUCCUUUGAAAGCCAGUAUUUUUGAAAGCCAUGAGAAUUUUUCUAUUUGAUGUGUCCCUUUGCUAUAUUUCAACCCUGUUAGGUUAAUCAACCUCCCAGAUUGAUAAUUUUGAAAUUUAGGCCAAUGCUUUAAAAAUACAAUUAUGUGCUUUCUGUUUUUUAGGUGACUGCUUAGGUGACAUCUGAUGAAAUUAGUGAAUAAGUAAAUCAGCUAUGUCUUACACUCCGGGUGUUGGUGGUGACCCUGCCCUACUGGCCCAGCGUAUCUCUUCCAAUAUCCAGAAGAUCACACAAUGUUCUGUGGAAAUACAGAGGACCCUGAAUCAACUUGGAACGCCUCAAGAUUCACCUGAACUUAGGCAACAACUGCAACAGAAGCAGCAGUAUACUAACCAACUUGCCAAAGAGACAGAUAAGUACAUUAAAGAGUUUGGAUCCCUGCCCACCACCCCCAGCGAACAGCGUCAGAGGAAAAUACAGAAGGAUCGCUUAGUGGCUCAAUUCACGACAUCACUGACAAACUUUCAAAAGGUCCAGAGGGAAGCUGCUGAGAAAGAGAAAGAGUUUGUUGCUCGAGUAAGAGCCAGUUCCAGAGUAUCUGGUGGUUUUCCUGAGGACACCUCAAAGGAAAGGAAUCUUGUAUCCUGGGAAAGCCAAGCUCAACCUCAGGUGCAGGUGCAGGAUGAAGAAAUUACAGAAGAUGACCUCCGCCUUAUUCAUGAGAGAGAAUCUUCUAUUAGGCAACUUGAGGCUGAUAUUAUGGAUAUUAAUGAAAUAUUUAAAGAUUUGGGAAUGAUGAUUCACGAGCAAGGAGAUGUAAUAGAUAGCAUAGAAGCCAACGUGGAAAACGCGGAGGUGCACGUUCAGCAAGCAAACCAGCAGCUGUCAAGAGCAGCAGAAUAUCAGCGCAAAUCCAGAAAAACCCUGUGCAUCAUCAUUUUUAUCAUUGUCAUCGGACUUGUAAUUCUCGGUCUCAUCAUAUGGAGAGUGAAAGGCUGAAUUAUAAAGGAGCACACUGUUGCACUACAUUCUCUAAAUUAUGUACGAAGAUUCCUGUAAUCAUUUUUUUUAUUAUUAUUAUUAUUCUAAAGCUACUGCAUAAAGGAUGGCUCCCAUACUUUGUUAUUUUUAUUUGGCAGGGGGAAGUUUCUUUUAGAUUCAAUCUGAUAUUUUCUAAUACUGAAAGUUUUCUUGGUAUCACUGCUGGCGUAACUUCUGUGCUUUUCAAUCUAGUAACUCUGAGGUUUUGUCCACGAUGUAUAUGCUUUUCAUUUAUAAUUUAUUUGCCCUGUUGACUUAGCUUUUGGAAUCAGUAAAUUUAAAGGUGUGUGUGUGUGUGUGUGUGUGUGUGUGUGUGUGUGUGUGUUCUGUGUGCAUCUGUCUCUGUCACAGAGUGACAUGCGCCCAGAUUUGUGUGACUUCAAUUAAAAAUGUCAAAUUUAAUUUUGAUAUGGGCCAGCAGAGGAAAUAUUCCCAGUAACGUAGGGAAAAUUAACCCACCUGUUUGUGGUGGUUUGUUUUCUUUCGUUUUCUGGUUCAUAACAGCACAAAUUAUCUAUUUAACUUUUAUUGUUGGUUUUCUCUUAAGACCUUCGUUUACUCUAAAUGAAAUCAGUGAGUAAUUUCCUAGAAUAUCUCAUCCUCCUGAUGUGUAUAUAUUAAACAUUUGCUGUAGAUUGCCUAGUAAAAUACUAAGGAUAAUUGUUUUUGCAUAGGACCUGUUUAAGUCUGAUGUUUGCUGGGGUCUGUGUAGUCACUAUAAAUGUUAAAUGUAAUUUGGAGGAAGAGUAUGAAAAAUCAGUUCAUACUAUGUUAGAAAUCUGGAGACACAACUUGUUAUUCUGCUGUGUACUUCCACAGCUAUUAGGAUGGAAAAUUAAUUACCUUCCCUGAAAUCCUUCAGAAUUAUGGCUACAUGUAUAUCCUUGGGUCAGAAUUACUUUGGGGGAGCAACUUUCCCAGAAUUGUUGUUUUUGAGCACUAACACUUAAAAUUUAAUGUUUACCUUGCAUACCAUUUUGUACCAUCCUCCAUUAGAAAACAAUUUGGAUGUUUGCCAAUUAACCACUUGCCUUUUUAAAUCAAUGUUGUUUUGAUGCACUAAUCUGAAUACUGUAAAGAAGUUUGUCUUAGUUUAUAGUUUGUAUUUUAUAACAAUGUUCUUAUAUAGCAGUUUGAUAGUGAAGUCAGUGUUUUACAUGGCAAGCUAUGAGACUCCAAAUGGGAACAAAUAAAAUAAUUAAGUAAAAAGCGUGUCUUUGCAACCAGAAUAAAGAUGAUUUUAAAAGUGUCUGGAUAGUUCUACUUUGUGAGGACUCUGCUUUGGUGGGACCAGCACUUGACAUAACCACACAGCAGCCCUUCUGUCUUUCUGGAGUACCAGUUUACUCAAAGUGUUUUAUUUUGGCAACCUUUAAAAGUUUUGCUACUAGUAGGAGCUGCCUUGCAUGUCAGCAAAACUCCCAUUGUUUUCCUACAGGAGACUGUAGAAAACGUUCUUGUGAGUGAGUGAUUGGAAGCUUUGAGACUCUGUUUCCCAAAUCAGCUUGCUUUAGUGAACAAGAUGGGCUAUGCAGGGGAAUUCGUACAAAUACUACCUGAUCUGAGGUCAGCGCAAGCCCACCAGACCUGCUUGAACAUGAAAGAAGUGUGCUGUUUCGUGUGAGAAGCCAGUAUCUUACAGCUACAUAAAACUCCCAGUGGCUCCCACAAGUCAGCUCAAUUUUUUGCCAGGGUUGUACUUGAUAAAAUGUUUAUUCUCAUAUAAGCACAUUCACUUAUUCUGUUCACUCUAUGGUGAGUUCCCAGUGAUAGCAAAAGUACUUAAUAUUUUUUGACUGGUUUUAGCACCUUCAUUUAAAGUAAUAUUUUAUAAAUUAUUUUAACUGGGACACAGAUCAGUGAUUAAAAACAGGAACUGUAGUGGCUUGCAUUCUUUUGAGAAAUACUGACUUUGAGGGAAAAUUUUACCCCGGAAUGCUUGUAACACAAAGAAUAGUCUCGAUUUGAAAAUAUAAAACGAAAAA